GUGCAAGCACUCCAAGUCGCGAAACCCCGUGUCGAGGCGCACUGGAGCCUCCACGGCAGGAGUCGGGGUGGACAGCGCUCACACCGAGCUAACGGCCAUCAUCGCCAAGCUCAAAGACCUCUCUGGCCAGGAACUCGUCGAUGCUUUCGCAAAGGAAGCCCAGACACGCAGCGACUGCGGCUCCUACGCCCAGGGAGGCGAUCUGGGCUUCUUCGGGAAGGGGGAGAUGCAGAAGCCCUUCGAGGAAGCCUCCUAUGCCCUCGCCGUCGGCAGCAUGAGCCCCAUCAUCGACACGGACAGCGGUGCUGUCAAGACAUGCAGACUGCCUGGGAGCUGCUAUCGAGCUUCAGAUUACUUAGUUUCAAUCUGA